UAUUUAAGUUAGUGUUUGUGCGUACGGGCGUGUCUCAUAAAAGAAGAUAAAGGAAGAAGAAAAAAGAAAUAGAGUAUAAAUAAAGAUACAGGAAAGAAAUAGAAAAGAAGGAAAAGAAAGUUGAACGUGAAUAUAUGAAGAAACAGAAAUAGAGAGAGAGAAAAAGAAAGGAAACAAAAAAAAAGUGGAAAACGAGACACAAAGGACAAUAACCUACACAAACAAUAAAAAAUAGUAAAAUGAGAAUGAGAUAAUGAAAGACAAACGCGAAACGGAAGAAAGGGAAUAAUGUAAAACAAGAAAAAAGAAAAAAAUGUAAAAAAAUUAAAGAAACUGGAUAAACUAAUAUCAAUAAACAGGAGGAGGAAAAAGAAAGAAGAAAGAAAGAAUAGAAUGGAAUAGAAAGAAAAAGAAGGGAGAAAAAAUAACAUAAAAUAGAAAAAAAGAAAAAAAAGAAACAGAGGAUAAAGAAAAAAAGAAAUGAAAGAAAGAGAAAAAGAAAGAAUAGAAUAGAAUGGAAUAGAAAAAUGGUGAAGGAAAUAAUAGAAUAGAACAGAAAGAAAGGAGGGAACGAUAAGGAAAGAAAGAAUAGAAGAGAAAAAAAAAGAAAAAGAAAAAUAGAAUAAAACAGAACAGAAAGAAAAGGAAAACAGAACAGUAGAAGAAAAAUAGAAAAGAAAGAAAGAAAAGAAAGAAAAAAAGAAUACAGUACAACAGAAAGAAGAGAAAAAAAUAAGAGGAAAAAAGAGAGAGAUAAAGCAAAAGGAGAAAAAAAAGCAUAAAAAAAGAGACAACAGAAUACAGUAGUAGAAUAAAACAAAACACAAGGAAGAUAAAAGAGAGAGAGAGAGAGAGAGAGAAAAAAAAAGCAAGUAAGCAAGCAAGAGAGAUAAAAGAUAACUCUACCCUCCGGAUGUGUUAAGCAGGUCAAGGGUCACCAGAUGGCGUGGACACUGCUAACACUUAUCAUGGCGGGCGUGGGCGCGGCGUGGGCGUGGGGCGGGGGCGUGGAGCUGCGGAACAACACCUACAGGGGCGUGGUGGUGGCCCUGGAGGAGGAUGUGGCGGAGGACUAUAGCAUCAUCCCCAACAUCAAGCGCAUGUUCCAGGAGGGGUCACGCGUGCUGGACCAGGCCACGCGGGGCAGGGCACACUUCGGCGAGGUCACCAUUCUUCUGCCCUCAUCCUGGUCACCCAACCCUGAGUACAAGCGUGUGCCGGGGGUUGUGGGGACAGCAGGAGUGAGGGCAGCGGUAAAGGUCGGCGCCCCCCACUCUUUCCAUGGCCACGCCCCCUACACGGAGCAGAUGGGGGGGUGUGGGGAGGAAGGGGAGGCCAUCCACCUCACACCCUACUACGUCACCCACAUGUACGGCGCCCUGCUGCAGGAGUACGGCGCCCCAGGGAAGGUGCUGGUUCAUGAGUGGGCGCACUACCGCUGGGGUGUCUUUGAUGAAUACGUGAGUCACCGCAACAAGGGAACACACGCCUUCUACAUCGACUACCACGGGAAGGUUCGAGUGACGGGGUGCACGGGGGCGCUGCGGGGGUGGCUGGGCACUGCGGAGGGGGCGGGGUGCCACGCUGACGUCACGGGCCUGCCAGACGCACAAUGCCACUUCUACCCUGAGGAGAGGAGUGGUGGUGGCGGUGGUGGUGGUGGUGGUGGUGGUUCUUUCAUGGCGCUGUAUUAUUUAGAUGCGGUGACGAUGUUUUGUGACGGCAAGGAGGUGCCCCACAACGCGCAGGCGCCCACGCCCCACAACCAGAUGUGCGGGAGGCGCCCCGUGUGGGAUGUGAUCACGCAACACCCUGACUUCAGUGGCGGGGCGAACCCGCCGAGAGACAGAAGGAGAACAACAAGAGAGGCGAUAAAGGAGGAGGAAGAGGAAGACAUGAAUAAAGAUAAACGCACAAUGAAGGAGGAGGAGGAGGAGGAGGAGGAGGAGGAGGAGGAAGAGAAGGACACAACGAUGGACGAAGAAGAAGAAGAGGAAGAGAAGAAGAAAGAGGAGAUAAAUACAAAGAAAACGGAACAUACGAAGGAAAAAGAGAAAGAGAAAACGAAGAAGGAAAUGGAAAAAAGGAAACAAGAGGAAGAGGAAGAUAAACAACUAGAAGUAACAUUUAAAAUCAUACAACUCGAGAAAGAGGAAGAGGAGGAGGAGAAGGAGGAGGAGGAGGAGGAGGAGGAGGAAGCAAAGAAGAACACAGAAAAUGACAAGUUUUACCCGAAGAAUGAAACUGACGGAAGAGGAGGAGGAGGAGGAGGAGGAGGAGGAGGAGGAGGAGGAGAAGAAGAAGAGGAGGAGGAAGAGGAAGAGGAAGAGAGGAUUUACGCCCCACGCUUUGUCCUCUUACUCGAUCUCUCUGGUUCAAUGGACGCCUACAUGGGUUACCUGACGGGGGCGCUGAAGAGCUUCGUCAGGUACCUGGUUCCCACGGGCAGCAAGAUGGCGGUUCUGUCCUUCGCAAACACGACACACCCCAACGUGAACUGGUCCGUGGUGGGGGCGGGGAGCGCUGGGGGGCAGAGAGGUCACAUCUGGUUGACCUCAUGCCUUCUACGUACUUCCGGGAUGGCUACACUGCAAUAGGGCAAGCAAUGGCGGACACACUAAAGAUGGUGGAGGAGAAGGGCAUAAGGAGCGAGGGUCUCCAGCUGGUGCUAGUGACAGAUGGACAGGAGACGAUGCACCCUCUGGUCUCCACAGUGCUACCCAAGAUCAAGAGCAAGAGAAUCACCAUUAAUACUAUAUCGCUGGGUGGGGAUGCUACCGACUCUCUGGAACUCUGGGCACAAGAGACAGGCGGUCAGUCUUUCUGCUACAACAUUGGGUCCUUUCAGUCUGACCUGUCCUCCCUCCUCUAUUCUGCCAUCACCACACCUGAGACGCGGCCACAUCUCAAGCACCAGGUUCAUCAAGCAACACACUGGGUGAUUGGAAGGGUUAAGUGGGAGAGAAGGAGAAAGAGGAGGAGGAGGAGGAAGAGAGAAGACACGACUGAGGAGGAGGAAGAGGAGGAGGAGAUGCUGAGGAAGAAGUGGGGAAGAGGAGGAGGGGAGGGAGAGGAGGCUGGGGGGAGGUUAUCUUAGACUCCUCUCUUGGAAGACACACACAGUUCAUCUUCUCGGUAAUUCGUGCACACCAACACUCUCUCAGACUCUCAGUGGGAGCAGUACUGGUUGACCCUGAGGGGAAGAACUACACAGCGAGAGUGAGGAGGUUCUGGGAGAAGGAGGAGGAAGAGGAGGAAGAAGAGGAAGAAGAAGAGAAGGAAGAAGAGGAGGAAGAGGUUAAAAUAUUUCGAGACUCCAGUUCAUUUUCCUUCACUUUCCGCUCGGCAAAGCCCGGCAGGUGGAGGUACACGCUGACCAAUCACCAAGCGCUCAGCAGGGAGAAGGUGCAGGUGCUGGUGACCUCACGCCCCGCCCCGCGCACCCCCACCCCCCGGUCAGGGUGGAGCACGGGGUGACGGCGACCAGCGUGAAGUUCCCUGACCCCGUGGUGGUGUGGGCGCGGGUCACACAGGGGAGGUCAGCCGUUCUGAAAGCCAACGUCACUGCCUUAGUCUCCCUGCCGAGUGGCGAAGGGUCUGUUAGCCUACCCCUGCUGGACAACGGCAUGGGGGCAGACCACCAGGCAGGGGACGGGGUGUACGCCGCCUACUUCACGCAGUUUGCUGGUGAUGGGCGGUACGGGCUGAGCGUUUACGUGUCAGCCACCAACACCACUUCGCGGACCCAUGGUUAUCAGCCGUACCUCUCUUCCUCCUCCUCCUCAUCCACCACACCCCCUUCCUUCCCCUCCUCCUCCUCCUCCUCCUCCUCCUCCUCCUCCUCCUCCUCCUCCUCCUCCUCCUCCACCACCACCCCCGCUGAGGCCAAGGGGACGUCAGCAGUGAAGCGCCUCCCCCCUUGACCGGCCCCCUGCCCCCUGCGGAGGUCAGCUUCCCCCCACUGACCUCAAGCCCCGCACCAAGGUCAAGCCACCCCGGCCCUCCCCGCCAGAGAAGGUCACGAAGAUCGAACAAUUUGCAAGGUUCAGCUCCGGUGGUGUGUUCAAGGUCACGAACUACAAACCGGGUGACCUGCAGGCGCCGGGACGCGUCUCUGACCUCGCCGUGACCCGAGUUGACCUCCUGAAAGUGAGCGUGACCUUGGAAUGGACCAGCCUGGGAGAUGACCACUACACCGGCACUGCCUCACACUUAGAAUUGACCUACCAGAUGACCCGGCCUGACCUCCCCUCGCCCCGACACAAGUUCAACGCUACCCACCUUACUGCCGGUCUCCUCACCCCGCUCCCCGCCGGCCUGCUGCAUACCGUGACGCUCAAGAUUCCGGGCAGCGUGCAGGAAGUAGAGGGGCGCCCUUUCAAGUUCUGGGUGCGGGCUGGUGACGAGAUGAAGAACUGGGCUGAGGAGUCCAACGCCGCCACCGCCAUCUUCCCCUUCCACGCUGCUGUGAUGGAGGUUAAG